UCGCCCGGGAGCAGCACGCAGAUUUUAUUAUGGAAUUGAGUCUUUCCAAGAAUAUACCUUCCUAUGUGGAUUUAGGUGGGAUGAAUUUGGAAAGACUGCCAGAGAGUUUAAGACCCCAGCCUUCCCAUGACAUGGCUUCCAGCUUCCAUUUGCAAAGAUCUUCUGAAUCCAGAGAUCCGAUUGAGAAUUCAGCCAGUGAAUCGUCAGAUACAGAAGUCCCAGAAAAAGACCGGAGCGGCGAGCAGAAGAGCGAAGAUGGAAACCCUGACGAUCCGGCGAAGAAGAAGAAACAGAGGCGGCAAAGAACUCAUUUCACCAGCCAGCAGCUGCAGGAGCUGGAGGCCACUUUCCAGAGGAACCGCUACCCGGACAUGAGCAUGCGAGAGGAGAUUGCUGUGUGGACCAAUCUCACCGAGCCCAGAGUCAGGGUCUGGUUCAAAAACCGCCGAGCCAAGUGGAGGAAGCGGGAGCGCAACCAGCAGAUGGACCUGUGCAAGAACGGCUACGUGCCCCAGUUCAGCGGCCUCAUGCAGCCCUACGAGGACAUGUACCCCGGCUACCCCUACAACAACUGGGCCACCAAGAGCCUGACCCCGGCGCCGCUCUCCACCAAGAGCUUCACCUUCUUCAACUCCAUGAGCCCCCUGUCCUCGCAGUCCAUGUUCUCCGCCCCCAGCACCAUCUCCUCCAUGAGCAUGCCCGCCAGCAUGGGGGCCUCGGCCGUGCCCGGCAUGGCCAACGCCAACCUCAACAACCUCAGCAACAUCAGCGGCUCCUCCCUCAACUCCGCCAUGUCCUCCCCCGCCUGCCCCUACGGGCCGCCCGGCUCGCCCUACAGCGUGUACAGAGACACUUGCAACUCCAGUUUGGCCAGCCUCAGACUGAAAUCCAAGCAGCACUCCACUUUCGGGUACAGCAGCUUGCAAAGCCCGGGCUCGGGUCUAAACGCCUGUCAGUACAACAGCUGACGGACUCGCACGGGCCCAAGCAGCGUGAGAGAGGAAGCUCUGGGGGCGUGGUAGCAAACACGGACCAGAAAUCUUUUGCAAGAGACGCCAAAAAAAUCGAAUACACGGAUGAGUUGCAAUUUUCCUCUGGAUUAUGCGGGUUGUAUGUGUUUACUUGAACUUGCACAGGAGAUUCUAAGGCGUCUGCUUUAUUAUAGGGCAGAAGAGUGGAAGCGGAAGCCGGGGGGUGGCUGGAUGGUGGUAAAGGCUGGGGCUAUGGGUAGGGGGAAGAGGUUUGGUUAAUGUUUACCACU